AUGGAUCAAAUCAAUGUUAACUUUGUUAAACACCAUGCUCAAAGUGUGAAAAUAAUGGUAAUAAUUGUACUGAUUGCAUCUCUACUUUUACAUUAAGUUAGAAUAUACAAUACAAAUGUGAAUGCUCAUAUGGUUAUUUUUAGUUUGAUUCUCAAACAUGUUAAGAAUGCGUAAGUCCAUGUUAAACUUGUGAAUAGAGUGAAAAUCACUGUUUAUCUUGUGUUGAUAGUAAUUAAAUAGUAAAUAAUUCAUUUUUUUGUGAAUGUAAUACAGGUUGGAUUUUAGAUACUUAUGGUAUCACAUGCAUCAAAUGCUAAUUACCAUGUUUAGAUUGUGCAGAUACAAUAAAUAAAUGUCUUACUUGUAAUGAUCCAAUACAUUAAUAAACUGAGUCUUGUCAAUGUGAGCCUGGAUGGAUAUUUGAUGAUAAUUACUUUUGCAUAUCUUGUCAAGAGCCAUGUAAAACUUGUGAGAUAUUUACUACUAAAUGCUAGACAUGUGUAGAUACUAAUCAUGAACUUAAUAACAAAUCAUAAUGUGUUUGUAAAUCCACUUAUUAUUCUGAUAGUCUAAUCACACGUGCAAAGUGUUAAGAACCAUGUUAUGAAUGUGAUAUAAAUGGAUACAUCAACUGCAUAGAUUAAAAUCAAAUCUUAGAUUCCAAUAAAUAGUGUAUUUGUAAAUCUGGAUAUCUUUAACAAGAGGUUUGGUGUCUUCAAUGUUAAAAUCCAUGUUCUACUUGUAUCAAUACUGUUAAUGAAUGUGUAACAUGUUAGGAUCAAAAUUAGAUAAUCAAAGAUUAUAAAUGUUUAUGUAAAGAAGGGUUUGUGAAUAAGGGAGACUUUUGUUGUGAUUAAUAUUGCAUAGAUUGUUAAGGAAUAGAUAAUUGUAAUAAUUGUAUAGAAGGAUUCUAUUUAUCCAAUAUUAAUAGAUGUUUAAAAUGUAUUGAUCAUUGUGAUAUUUGUUAUAAUCAAAUAAAUUGUGAAAUUUGUUAAGAUGGAUACUUUAUUAAUGAAUCUAGAUUAUGUGAAGAAUGUAUACCUUCUUGUAAUAUUUGUGGCAAUUCAUUUAGUUGUGAUGUAUGCUUAGAUGGAUAUUACCUAGUGAAUUAGAUAUGUGAACAAUGUAAUCAAAAUUGUUUAACUUGUAAUGAAUUAUCUGAAAAAUGUCUUACUUGUAAAUCCAACUAUUACAUUAAUUCAAAUAAUAAAUGUAUCUGCUAAGUUGGAUACUAUGAAUAAUAGAAUUCAUGCUAUAGAUGUGAAUACCCAUGUAAAACAUGUUUAAGUUAAACUAUAUGUUAAGAAUGUGUUCUCUUAACUAAUUUAUAAUUAGAUUUGAAUUUUUAAUGUAAUUGCAAUUCAGGUUAUUUCUGGAAUAAAAACAAUUGUUCUUAAUGUUAUUAAUCUUGUUUAACUUGUAUUGAUAAUUAAUAUAAUUGUCUGAGUUGUAAUUAAAAAUUACAUCGUAUUUUAGUAAAUAAUAAAUGUUUAUGUGAUUAAAAUUAUUUUGAAGGUGAAGAUGGAGUUUGUAUUUCAUGUUUAGAUUAAUUGGGAAAAUCUUAGGAAAGUUGUAAAUAUUAAGAUUGUAAAGAUUAAAUUUGGACUUAUGGAGAAGAAUGCGAUGAUGGAAAUGAUGUAAAUAGAGAUGGUUGUUCUAAUUGUAAGAUUGAUCCUAACUACUCUUGUUCUAAUGAAAUACUAAAUUAAUCAAUUUGUUUUCAAUGUUCAACUAAUUGCAUAAAAUGUUAAUUAAAUCCAUUAACAAAAAAAUCUAAAUGUAUUAAAUGCCAAAUUGGAUAUUUCUUAGAUAAAAAUGAUUGUGUUGAAUGUUCAAUCAAUUGUUUAGAAUGUCUUGAUUAAGCUUAUAAUUGUAUAAGUUGUAAGUUUCCACAAUAGAAAAAUAAUAAAUGUUAACUUUGUGAAUCAGGAUAUUAUGCAGAUGAGAUAAAUGGAACAUGUUUAAAUAAAUGUGGAGAUUAAAUUAAAGUAAAUGAAGAGCAAUGUGAUGAUGGAAAUCUUAUUAAAGAUGAUGGGUGUGAUGAUUAAUGUAAACUAGAAAAUAAGUAUAUUUUUCUAAAUGGUGUAAUUAUUAUUAGAUUAGACAUUUACAUCAUAUCAUACCAAAUUAUCCAAAACCAUUAUUCUAGAGUGUAGGAACUUAAUAGAUUUACUCUGCUACCAGAUUAUUUAAAUUAUCAUACACUACUCCCAUCUUUAUAACUGAUGAUUUUCAAAUUAAAGAUUAUCUAUCUUUUCAUAUAUAGAAUAAAGAAAAUGUUUAAUAAAUGGAUCAGUCUAUUAAUCUCACUCAAGAUAAUUCUUUGAUAAAUGAGUUUAAUUAAUCUCAAUUAAUUUUGAUGAUUAAUAUUACUUUCUCAAGAAGUUCACAAGAUGAAAUCUUAUUGAUCAAAUUCUUAAAUAAUUCAGUCAUUUAUUCAAAUGAAGGAUACUUUCAGAUUGAAACAGAAGUGUCUUGCAGUAUACCAAAAGUGACAUAUAUUGAUGAUGUAACCAUUGCUCAAGUGUAAAUUGCAACAAAUAGUAACACCUAUAUACUCUAUUUUAUUGGGGCAAUGUGUGGUGGAUCAGUCUUAUUGGGAGGAGUUGAAGUCUUCUUUAAUUUGUUAGAUACUCUUUAAAUGUUAUCUUAUUUCAAAUACAUUAACACAUAACUUCCAUAUAAUUUAUAAACCUAUUUUCAACUUUUUGGAUUUGCUUAAUUUAACUUUAUUUAAAAGAUUUUUGAUUUAUCAGGAUUUAUUGAUUAAAUACUGAAAACAUAACAAUUAAAGAAGAUACCCACGAAAGUAGCAGGUGAUAAUUUAACAUCAUUAUUUAUUAUUAAUGCUGCAACAAUUACUACAGUUUGGAUUUCUUUAUUUGGUAUCUAUGCAAUUGCAAAAUUGAUACCUAAAAUUCUCUAUUCAUUUAAAUUUAAGUUUUUUUCUGAAUCAGAAACUGAAAAUUCUUGGCUUGUGAAAGUUGGAGUAUACUAUUUAACUAUUAAGUAUAUCAUUAAUAGAUUGUGCUUUACUAUUAUUUCAGAAUUCUUUUAUAGUGGUAUCUUACGUGCCCAUAUGGCCACUGCAUAUGAUUUUACUUUUAGUAUAGUACUGUAAUUGUAUGCCUUAGAACUUAACUCAACAAAUUUCUUUAUAAGAUUUAGUUCAUUAUUAGCAUUUUUUGCAAGUGCAAUAUAUAUUAUUAGUAUCUAUUAUGUAAUUCAAGUAUCCUAAAUGAAGAAAUAUGCUUUGAAUAAUAAAGCAAUCUAAGCUAAAUAUGGAUGUAUUUUUGAUGGAAUUAAGAUCAAUCAAUUUUCCAAAUAUCUUAAUACAAUUCUUCUAAUCAAAAAACUUACCUUUAUGUUUUUAUUAAUUUUCGCAUAUGAGUUUCCAACUUUUCAAACUGUCAGCAUUACACUUCUAUCAACAUCUAUGAGUCUAUUUUACAUCUUCUUUAAUCCAUUAAAGGAUAAAUUGGAGUAUUUUAAAUAGUUAUUUAGUGAAGUUAGCAUCUCUUUUACGUUAUUGAGUAUUACAAUAUUGACUUGUGAUUUUGAAUUAGUAUAUUUUUCAUAUCAAGUUCGGUAAUAUUUUGGAUGGGGUUGCAUUUUUUUUAUGACCUUAGUAUUAUGUAUUCAAUUAGCGAUUGAUGGCUUUUAAUAAUGGAAGUUUCUUUUUAAAAAGUAUAAGCAAAUUAGAGGAUUGGCUCAAUCAAUACUUGGAGUAUUUUAAAAAAACAGACAAGUUACUGCACAAUCUUACAUUUUCUAAUGA